GUGAACGGCACCGCUCGGCAGGUGUCCGGUCAUCUCGGUCGCCAAGUAGUAAUAAAUCGCCUCGACAUGGUAGAGCAUCUGGAAAGACCCGUAACCGCAGUCCUGCGGCUCAGCGGCGAAGCUCUGUGCACCGCCCGAUUGCCGACGAUCGCGAUACCGUCACACGUUUGGAGAAAAUCUUGGACACACCAAUCGUGAAAGCCGGGGACCACUUCGACGCAAUUCUUCGUGAGAGUGUGGUUGAACUGCAAUCCAGGGAUCUUACACACCACCCCCACACAGAGGAUCUGCAACAUGUGAAAGAUGGACGUGUUGGACGUCCCGAACCAGUUGCUGGUCUGUGUAGUGGCACAGCGCGAGCAUACCACGACCACGGAGCCGAUCGGACCGCCUGGGCUACGCAGCGUAAUGCGGAGCUGCGUGCUGCACUGUCGGAGAAAGCAGCCGUCAUUGCUGGGCGCAAAUCGGGCCUGGCGCAGGAAGACGCGACAGAAGUGGAACUGGCGGCACGGAUCGAGCGAGAGGUCGAAAAAGCCAAGCGAGAGGUCAGCUAUGUGAGAGUGGGGGAGGACGCCACACACGGGCGGAAGCGGCGCAGGCGCAGGGGAGAAGGAGAAAAGAGCGAUCACACCGAUUCCGGAAACGAAAGUGGACCCGUCUCGGGAUGGGAUCUGGAUAAUGGUAGAGGCAAAAGUGAUGCUAGUCUUGACCGGGCAACAGAAGAUGACGACAGUCCGCCUCAGGGACGUAAAAGGAAAAUGAGGGGCCCGAAAGUAGACGAAGAGUUGCUGGACAUGAUCAAGGGAAAAAGUGGGGGCAGUUUUCCACCCCCGAGUUCUAGUAAAAGACGAAGCAGCAGGAAGAAGGCGCGCGACGCCAAACGCGCAGGAUCUUUGUUUGACGUGAGUGUUGAUCCCACGGAGCUUCUGGGAACGCAAUACGUUUGUCGACGAGUAGUAGCGGAGGCUGGAUCGGUGGCGGGGUCUCUGACGACAAAGCAGCGGACUGACGAGCCAUUAGGAGCGGCGAUUGGUCUCGUUACCGAGCGCCGGGUGGGUCCUCGAGCGCGUGCACGAAGCGAGUCGGCAAAAGUUUCCCUCUCGGUCGUCUUCGACAACAGCAUCGAGGUGACAUUUGCGAACGGUGUAAAGACCGUGUAUGAAGCCCCCAAGAGUAGCUCCAAGGAAAAGCGCUACCUUUCAGGCAUCGAGCCUCCGUUGCAUAAGGGCACGGGCUCGUCUCCCUCCAGUAACAGAAAACUGGGUGGCGGUGCAGAUGGCACUGCUGGUGUGGUUCCAAUAUCAGUGGCGAUCAGUGUACUCGGACUGCCAGCUUCGGUGCCAGGAUUGUGGCGCUUUCCCAUUACCGGACAGUACGACCAAGUACGAUUUUUAUCGCACUCGCAAGUGCCGUCUACGAAAGGCACAAAAGCAACCCAGGGCAGUAGCCCGGCUAGUAGUCCGAAGAUGGCUGCUGGUCGCCAGGGCGUCCGGCCGCGAUUCUCCUCCAGGUCGCCUGCUAUCGCCGUUUCCCCUAAGCGGAAAGCAUCAACUCCAGACCCAACUUCACUAUUCGCGCCGUGCUUCGUUCAUCCCAAAGGCCACGCAGUGCUAUUUCUCUGCACCUUGAUGUAUCCGGUUGCGGGUGGCAAAAGCAAGGCCAGGCCGCGAAGUGAAAAGAUCACUUCGGGCCUGACUGGGCGGAGUGUAGUAACGCGUUCGUCGUCAGCAUCACCAUCACCCGCGGAUAAAAAUAUGAGUAUUGUGCCAGCCUCAGCAGUGGUGGGCAAGCGCAGCUCAACGAAGAAUGGACCAGAUGAAAGCGAAGUCUCCAGAGCACCGCAAAGGUUCUGGGUGCUAGCCGGCUCGCUUCCUAGUGCUCGGGCAGCAAUCCUGCGUGCGCAAAAGGACGCGGACUCCAUAGUUGGCGUUCCCUUGGAUGCCACCAGUACGAUUUGGGCCUAUUGCGGUGCAAGUGGCGCUGAUAUUUUUC